CUCCGUCUCCCUUCUCGGCAUGUCAUGCCUGCCCCCAAUGGAUCUCGCUCAGUAUCAAAAGGACAUGUCUUUAUUUUUAUCAUUUUCUUAUUAAACGCGCCAAUGACCUGUCCUUGUGAAGAGUGGCAAGCGAGGAUAAUUCAGGCGAGGGCGAAUGAGCGGCCAAGGCCAAGGCCAAAGCCAAAAAGAAAAGAAAAGAAAGGAAAAGAGUUGGUUGCAGCAACCACAGAAAGACUGUAUUCCUCCAUCCCGCUGGGAGGGAGGAUAAUCAGUUGGACCUGAAUUGGACGGAG